AGCCCAAGUUUUGGGGUGGGGAUCUACACUGGUUAUACGUACCAUCAGUCCUUCUCCCAGAGAAGGCAGAAACACCUCAAAGCCUGCAUGUUAAGAACAUCUACUGAGAAAUAAUUUUAAUCAGACACCAGCUGAGUGGGGGAAAGAAAAAGAACAGAGAAGAACAAACAAAACUCCCUUGGUUUUGGAUGUAAGAGAACGCAGCAGCUAUGGACUGGCACUUCUUCAGAACAGCUGCAGUGCUGUUCAUUUUUCUGGUGGUGGUAGAAGUUAACUGUGAAUUUAGAAUCCAGGUAAGAGAUUAUAAUGCUAAAAACGGCACCAUAAAGUGGCAUUCAAUCAGAAGGCAAAAACGUGAAUGGAUCAAGUUUGCUGCAGCCUGUCGAGAAGGCGAAGACAAUUCAAAGAGAAACCCAAUUGCCAAAAUUCAUUCAGAUUGUGCUGCAAACCAGCAAGUUACAUACCGCAUCUCUGGAGUAGGAAUUGAUCAACCACCUUUUGGAAUUUUCAUUAUUAAUCAGAAAACUGGUGAAAUUAAUAUAACAUCCAUAGUUGAUCGAGAGGUCACUCCUUUUUUCAUUAUCUAUUGCCGGGCCCUGAAUGCACAAGGCCAAGAUUUAGAGAGGCCUCUAGAGCUCAGAGUCAGGGUACUGGAUAUAAAUGACAACCCUCCAGUAUUUUCUAUGUCUACUUUUAUAGGACAAAUAGAAGAAAAUUCCAAUGCAAAUACUCUGGUGAUGAGGCUCAAUGCUACUGAUGCAGACGAACCAAAUAAUCUGAACUCCAAAAUUGCUUUCAAGAUCAUAAGGCAGGACCCUUCUGAUUCACCAAUGUUUAUCAUCAACAGAUACACUGGAGAAAUCCGGACAAUGAACAACUUUAUAGAUAGGGAGAGCUGUGGCCAGUAUUCUCUUGCUGUGAGAGGUUCAGACCGAGAUGGUGGAGCUGAUGGUAUGUCAGCAGAGUGUGAAUGCAAUAUUAAAGUCCUUGAUGUCAAUGAUAAUAUCCCAUACCUGGAACAGCCUUCAUAUACGAUAAGUUUCCAAGAAAAUUCUCUGUAUUCAAACUUAAUGGAGAUGAGAGUCAUUGAUUUGGAUGAAGAGUUCUCAGAUAACUGGAUAGCAGUGAUUUUCUUUAUCUCUGGAAAUGAGGGAAAUUGGUUUGAAAUAGAAAUGAAUGAAAGAACAAAUGUGGGGAUAUUUAAGGUUGUUAAGCCCCUAGACUAUGAAGCCAUGCAGAGCCUUCAACUUAGUAUUGGUGUUAGAAAUAAAGCUGAAUUUCAUCAGUCAAUUCUGUCUCAAUAUAAACUCACAACAACUGUGAUCUCUGUGACUGUGGAAAAUGUAAUUGAAGGCUCGGUGUUCCGCCCAGGUUCAAAGACAUAUGUAGUGACUAGUAAUAUGGGACAAAACCAUAAAGUGGGAGACUUUAUAGCUACUGAUUUGGAUACUGGUCGAGCUUCAACAUCUGUUAGGUAUGUAAUGGGGAAUAAUCCCGCUGACCUGUUAGCUAUUGACUCAAAAACAGGUAUAAUUACUUUGAGAAAUCAAGUGACCUAUGAACAAGUUCAGAUGCUUGGAGGACGAUAUCAAGGAACAAUUCUAGCUAUAGAUGAUGCUCUUCAAAGAACUUGUACUGGCACAAUUAAUAUUGACCUGAAUGGUUCUGGCUGGAGGGAAACAGGAGAAACCCACAAUCAAAGUAACACUGACACUAACACUAACACUAACACUGACACUGACACUAACACUAACACUAACACUAACACUAACACUGACACACAUGAAAACAAUAAUAACCAAGGAAAUACCAAUGAAAAUGCCGCCGAUAAUGAGGAGUAUAAUACUGGAACAUAUCAGUAUACGGCAGAUAAUGUACAUUUUGGUCCUGCUGGCAUUGGACUGCUCAUUAUGGGAUUCCUGGUCCUAGGAUUGGUUCCAUUUUUGUUAAUCUGUUGUGAUUGUGGAGGUGCCUCUGGUGGUGGAGCUGGCUUUGAACCUGUACCAGAAUGUUCAGAUGGGGCAAUUCAGUCCUGGGCAGUAGAAGGACCACAGCCUGAACUCAGGGAUCUGACUACUAUCUGUGUACCACAAAUACCAUCUGAUAAUGCAAAUAUGAUUGAAUGCAUUGACACAUCAGGAGUUUACACAAAUGAAUAUUGUGGCAGAGAAAUGCAAGAUUUGGGAGGAGGAGAAAGAACAACAGGAUUUGAACUAGAAGAAGGAGUUAAAACAGCACCUGAGAUAUGUCAAGAAUAUUCUGGAACAUUACGAAGAAAUUCUAUGAGAGAAUGUAGAGAAGGCGGCCUGAAUAUGAAUUUCAUGGAAAGUUACUUUUGUCAGAAAGCAUAUGCUUAUGCAGAUGAAGAUGAAGGACGCCCAUCCAACGACUGCUUGCUCAUAUAUGACAUUGAAGGUGUAGGUUCACCUGCUGGUUCCGUGGGUUGUUGUAGCUUCAUUGGAGAAGACCUGGAUGACAGCUUCUUGGAUACACUGGGACCUAAAUUUAAGAAGCUGGCAGAUAUCAGCCUGGGAAAAGAGGUUGAACCAUGCCCGUUUCCAGAUCCAUCUUGGCCACCAGAGAGCAAUGAACCAAUUUGCCCCCAGGCAACAGAUCCCCUUUCUAGUGGGCACCCACCUAUCUCCCCACAAUUUGGCACUACCACAGUAAUUUCUGAGAGUACUUAUCCCUCAGGACCUACUAUACACCAUCCUAUGCCUAUUCCUGACCCUCUGAGCUAUGGUAAUGUCACCGUGACAGAGUCUUACACCACCUCUGGCACUCUGAAGCCCACAGUGCAUAUUCAUGAUAAUCGACAGGCAUCAAACGUGUUGGUGACAGAGAGGGUAGUUGGUCCAAUAUCUGGUGCUGAUUUGCAUGGAAUGUUAGAGAUGCCUGACUUGAGAGAUGGUUCAAAUGUUAUAGUGACAGAAAGGGUGAUAGCCCCAAGUUCAGGUCUACCCACGUCUUUUACUAUCCAAGAUCCUAGAGAUUCAUCAAAUGUAGUAGUGACAGAAAGAAUAAUUCGACCAACUUCUGGCAUGAUGGGCAAUCUGAGUAUGAAUCCCGACCUAUCAAAUGCCCAGAAUGUGAUCGUAACAGAGAGAGUUCUAUCUGGCUCUGGCAUAGCUGGAAUUAGUGGUCCUGUUGGGUUAAGCACGGGCAGUGGCACAGUCAGCAGUGGAUUAAUUGGCACUAGUGGGGGCCUGAGUGGAGCUGGAAUUGGCACUACUGGUGGCGGCAUGGGGCUGAGCAGCAUGGGAGGUGGUGGCGCCAUGAGUAGCAGCAUGGGGGGUACAGCCACUAUUGGUCACAUGAGGAGUUCCUCUGACCAUCACUUUAGCCAAGCCCUUGGAUCUGCCUCCCCUAGUACUGCCCGAAGUCGAGUCACAAAGUACAGUACAGUCCAAUACACUAAACAGUAGCCAGGGUCACAGAUACUUUUCAGUAGUUGUGAUCUGUAUUCAAGUCUCACUGCCAAAAAUAAUGCAAUUUAUGAAACACAAUUAGGUGUUAAGAUAAUUGUGAAGAAUGGAGAAAGCAGCACGAGAAAAAUAGAUGACAAACAGUGCCAUGACAGGAGAGUUGUCUUUGGAAUUUAUAAAGUAUUUUCUUACAUUACUACUACUAGAAUCAUGACCUGGAACUCAAACUCAAGACAGACAUUUUUUGCACCUCUAUGACCUGUAGGGUCUUUGCUUUUUUGUGACCCAUGGUGUGUAUACAGCAUGUGGAAUAGAUUAAACUUGGUCAUGAAUGAGCACUGACCCAGAAGUGGCAAUUGUCAUAAUUCUCUGUGAUUUGUGCUUUCCUCUAAUUUGCCAAGUAGCUUAGGAAAAAUUAAAGUAUGAACAUGUAGUGUGGGAAGAAUUUGAAUUAUAUUGAAUGAUUACAUAUUUGAAUUGUGCCAGAUGCCCUAUCAACUUCACAGAUACCAUAAAUAAAAUAAAACCACACAUUUAGCCUCGAGUUAGGAAUAGAAAAAGCUAGAUAGCCAAGUUCACACACUACCAAGCACUUCUGCCUUAAUUAUUAUACUAGAUAAACCUCAAAUUGGAAAAGCUUCCUGGGAAGAAGCUUUCAUAGGAGAGCUGCAACAGAGUGAGAGUCAUUGGAGUGAACUAGCAAUACCCAUCUCAAUUUGAGAUGGAUUUCAGCUAAAAUUCCUGUGGACUUUUCUGAUUCCAGCUUAUGUUGACUGCGUUUAGUGAUUCAUGCAAAAUCAGUGAAUAUCGCAUCCUGAUGAGUCUUCAGGAAAUCACACUUUCCCCCCUUUCCAUUUUGGCUCUGAAUUAAUAUAGACAAAUCUGUUGAGAGUGCCUCUGAGGUCUCAGUAAGUAAUGGCUGGCAUAGUUACGCUCACUGGUGGUGAAUUAUUUCUCCACGAAGCUAAUGGUAACUGCACUGUAUUUUCAGAUUGUGUUUUUUAUUGUUAUCCUCUGUCUUUUUACACACCUCAAAUUAACAAACUCUUAAGCUGAGAUGUGAAAGAAAAGCUUGAAGUAUGGGUAAGCUUUGGGGGAUCUUUUACAAAGAGAUUUUUUAAAGUUUUUAGAACUUGUAAAAUCUUGAAUGGGUAAGUUAGAAUUGUUUGGUAGAAUAAUACCACAUGGUUUCUUUGUUUGUUUGUUUGUUUUGUUUAGUACUUUUUAAAGGAAUCCUCUGCUGCUAGUUUGAAGAGGUCAAAUAGAAACUUUUAACAGAGUUAAUGAUAGUGUUUUAACUAGAAUGAAAUUGAUCUAGGCAGCUUCACUUCCUGAUUCAAUUCCAUCUGCCAGUUGCAUUUUCUCACCAGCAUAAAUUUCAAAUUUUUUAUUAGAUUGUCAAUAAUCCUUCUGAUUAUAUAUGCUCCAAUUCUUAGAGCAUUCAAAUUCUUGGGUAUAAUAUAUUUUAGCAUCAAACUUUUUGAUAUACAAUUUAUGUCAAAUGUGCUAUGUGAUGUUAACUGAGUAAAAAUCUCUAUAUAGAAUCAAAACAUUCUUAAAGAUAAAAUUACUAUUGCAUGAUAAAAAAGGACAUUUUGAUAUGUACUCAAUGAAGCAAAAUUGAAUAUGAUAAAAUGUUUUAAGAAAAUUUCCCUUCAAUAUCACCAAUUCCUAAAGUGUCAUUCAAGUUAAAGAAUUUAUCAAAGAGAGCUGAGGAGUGAGUUAUUUUUUAUACAACUAUUUUACUCUGUGUUAUAGUGAAUGAUGUUAAUAUUUUCAAAGAUACAGUGUACAUCUUAAUUUAACUCUGUAGACUGUACAUGUUUGAUACUCUAACAUGCCAAAAUGCAGAGGUGUAAAUAAAGUCAUUCAGGGGUC